GCACGCACGCACACACACGCAUAUUUGAAGAAUUGGCAGACGCGAAAGUGUAGCCACUCUCUAGAAAUCAGUGUGGUGCUUAGAACAGAUCUGACGGAUAUCAAUGGCUUUUAGAUUUUUUGAGGAGAGUGCCCAUGUUGCCGCUUACCUGCAAUACAGAGUGACUCCCCAUGAGUUGAUCAACAAGAUUAUAGACUUUAUGGGACCAAAGUUGCAAAACAAGUUCAACCUUGCGGUGGAUGUCGGCUGUGGUAACGGAAAGGGGACUGUACUUUUGGCUCCGUACUUCAACCAGGUUGUUGGGACAGACAUUAGCCCCGCUCAACUGGGGCUUGCUCGGGCCAAUAGUAUUCGUCAGAAUGUCUCAUACAGGCAGAGUCCUGCAGAGCAACUGCCGUUUGAGUCCAGCCAGGUGGACCUUGUAACGGCCAUGACGGCGGCCCACUGGUUUGACCGCCCACGGUUCCUGAAGGAGUCUGAGCGGGUUCUGAAGCCCAAUGGCUGCCUGGCGCUGCUGAGCAACAUGAAGUACAGGGCGCUGGAGUAUGGCGAUGCCACUAGCGCAGUGAACGACAUCUGUCAAGAGUUUCUUGCAGCUCUGCUCCCCUUUAAUGAACCUCAUAUGGGCUCGUGUCCUUCAAAAAUCUACUUUGACAUGUUUGAGGCCUGUCCCUUUCCGGAUAAACAGUGGAACACCUGUCAAAACAUUUCCAGGAAAAUGACGAUAAACCAUUUCAUUGGUUUGGUGGAGACAUAUAGUAGUUACCAGAAACUGAAGAGUGAGGAUGCCACCAAGGCUAAACGUCUCUCUGAUGACAUCAGGAACAAGCUGCUUGCUGCCAUGCAGGUGUCCUCGCCAGACACGGAGCUCACCUUGGUGAUGAAAUAUUUCUACAUGCUGGCACGAAAACCUUGAUCUUUCUACUGUUAAUCACACAUCUCUGCUUUGGUUGUACUCCUAACACUUACUGAAAAAAAACCCUCCUAGCCUGCAUACCUUUGAAUAAAAACGAAGUCGAACUUGAAACUAAACUGGUACUUCAAGCUCUUCUAUGCAUUUUGUUUUGCUUGUGCAUUUUUUAUUUGCUUGGAUUUAAUCCAAAUUAAUGAAUGCAAAAAACAUUUCAGUCUUUCUUUAUCCGAUACUUAAUUGCUUUGCACGUGAUUAAUAAGAAAAGCUUUGCCAUGAGGAUUUUUAUUUUCACAGACAAACAAAUAACAUUUUUA